UCCAGUCGUUAGUGAGGAAGACUACUGCGGAUAUUACGGCAAUUUCUAUAGAGUAGAAGAGAUAAACAAACAUGUAAUAUUAUACACAAGACAUUUAUUGACUCACAAUUCAUACUGUCUCAAUAUUAUAAAUUUUCUUCGAAUUUAUCUGAGCGUCGUCACAUUUUUGGUGUCCGGUGAAGGAAUUUAAUCUGCCUUCUUUCGACCACAACGAAGUUGUCUUGCCAAAAGAAGGACGAUGGGUGGAAAAAUGGCGUGAAACGAUGAUCUUUACCACAUUUUUUUUCUGACUGCUGUCAGAGAGAUGAGUCUGUGAUUGUCCCUAAACCCAAAGGGAGGCUGCCAGAACUGUAAUUCUUUUUGUGAUUUUGUUGUUAAAUUAAAAGUCUAAAAUCAUGGCUUGGGCUCUGAAAUUACCUCUGGCCGAUGAGGUGAUUGAGUCUGGUCUGGUCCAGGACUUUGAUGCCAGUCUGUCAGGGAUCGGGCAAGAGCUUGGAGCUGGUGCUUACAGCAUGAGUGAUGUGCUGGCUCUCCCCAUCUUCAAGCAGGAGGAGUCUAACUUACCGCCAGAAAGCGAUAAUAAGAUCCUUCCUUUCCAGUAUGUACUGUGUGCUGCCACUUCUCCUGCUGUCAAACUACACGACGAGACCCUCACCUACCUCAAUCAAGGACAGUCUUAUGAAAUUCGAAUGCUGGACAAUCGGAAAAUGGGAGAGCUUCCUGAGAUCAAUGGGAAAAUGGUGAAGAGCAUCAUCCGCGUUGUGUUUCAUGACCGCCGCCUUCAGUACACUGAACACCAGCAGCUGGAGGGCUGGCGCUGGAACAGGCCUGGAGACAGAAUCCUUGAUUUAGAUAUUCCGAUGUCGGUAGGGGUGGUCGAUCCCAGGGCAAACCCUACACAACUCAACACUGUGGAGUUCCUCUGGGACCCCUCAAAAAGGACCUCUGUGUUUAUUCAGGUACAUUGUAUAAGCACAGAGUUCACCAUGCGUAAACAUGGAGGAGAGAAGGGAGUGCCGUUCCGUAUUCAAAUCGACACUUUCAAGGAGAACGAGGCCGGGGAGUACACCGAACAUCUGCACUCCGCCAGCUGCCAAAUCAAAGUUUUUAAGGUGGGUGCAGACAGAAAGCAGAAAACAGACCGUGAAAAAAUGGAGAAACGAGCACCGCAGGAAAAGGAGAAAUACCAGCCUUCAUACGAAACCACCAUUCUCACUGAGUGCUCUCCAUGGCCCGAGGCUACAUAUGUAAACAACUCUCCAUCUCCUGGAUUUAACAGUACCCACAACAGCUUUCCUGUAACCGAAGGAAAUGGUUCACCCAAUCACCAGCCGGAGCCUGUCGCACAGCUAGCAGACGUGAGUUUGUCGUGCCAUCUACUUAGAAGAGAAAGUGAAACCAAUCAGAAUCUGUUGCCCACGGCAACGCCACAAGAAGCACAGCAGUGGCUCCAUAGAAACCGUUUUUCACCAUUCUGCCGUCUCUUCACAAACUUCUCGGGGGCUGAUCUGCUAAAACUGACCCGAGAGGACGUCAUCCAGAUCUGUGGACCUGCUGAUGGCAUUCGGCUAUUUAAUGCACUUAAAGGACGGGUUGUCCGUCCAAGGCUCACAAUCUAUGUUUGCCAGGAAUCCCAACAGGCUCGUGAACAGCACCAGAAACAUGAGAAUGGAGACGGGACUAGCAACACUUUUUUUGUGUAUCAUGCCAUCUAUCUGGAGGAUUUAACUGCUGUGGAACUGACGGAAAAGUUGGCUCAGCUCUUUCAGCAUCUCUCCAACGCCAGAUCAGUCAGAUCCUUCAAGCAGGGACCCACUGGGCUAUCCAUGUUCUUGUGUACGUAG